CAUUUCUUUGAUAAACGUUGUUAAAAUCAUCGAACGUUUAACGCGUUGAAAAUACGCGCGAGUGUUAUAGCGAAUGAUAGAUAAUCGUUAAGAAGGAUCGAUACGAUACAAGAUCCUUGUCGUCUCGUGCAAGAGGAUCAGAAAUUGUGCUUGUCAGUGUAUACAGUGCCAUGGGGAUCUAGGAACAAACGCUAAGGAAUCCAGACGCAUGACAGAGGAAAGGGCUGGCUCGUCUUUAGAAAGCGAAAAGGCAAUCGGAAAAUGUCGGAGAUCGGUGGGGAUGAUGGUACUGGUGGUGAGAGUGGCAUGGACAAUCUAGCAUUUGCUAUUGAAGAUGAGUGCGUGAAUAGUUCAGAACACGUUGAGAACAAUGUUCAUGAACAACAAAGCAACAAACAACAAGUGAGCAUGGAACAGGACUAUAGAUCACCGGCUGAUACGAUUGGUUCGCCAACAGAGAAUGGUCAUCGCCGAUCGUUCGUUUCUCAGCAUUACGUUGAACCAGUGAGAAAUAGCCCAGAGCCACGUUACAAGUCUGAGACGAAAAUCGAGUUACCACCAUCGACUGGUGGACAAACUCCAGAUAAGAAUUCCACGAGCGAGCCGAAGCUCAACGGCGUUCAUGGAAAUGGCAACAACAACGACGCUAGCUUCCUCAACAGCAGCGCCACAAGCGUCCAGGUCAACGAUAAUGGAAAGAAGGAACAGAUCGAAGCAGUAAAUUUAGAGUUGGUUUCGAUGAGGCCCUACACAGGCAACAAUAUCCAAACGAAGGGUCAAGAAGCAUGCGAGGUACCAGCCGACCCUUAUGAGGAAUACUUCGUGCCAGUUAACGAACAUCGAAAGUAUAUUAGCAGGGGUCCCGAGGCCGAGGUUGAAACAACCGUGGCUGGAGUACGUUUUGAUUUGGGCCCGGGUGUCGGCCGUGAAGGACUCAGCCUGAGAGAUCCGGCCGCCGGACUGGUUGACUAUUCCCACUGGCUUACAGCCCUCAGGGGAGAAAAAUUGUAUGUCACCAAGGAUAAAAGAUCUAGAAGUUCAUAUUGGAGAAGAAUGGCAUGCUGGGGAUGCGGUCUCUUGGUUCUUUCAAUUGCAAUCAUAAUCGCCAUUUUAGCUGCAACUGGUGUGAUUCUCACUCAGGAAGCUACAGAACCUCUGGAUACCAUAGACCAAACUAAUUCUCGUCAAUUUGAUGGUGCUCAAUUGGCUGGAAGUCAAGAAUACAUGAAAAAUCCACCGACGAGCCCAGCUCCUGAAACUUCCAGUUUUCCACCAUGGCCUACGACAGAUGAGACAUUGUAUCAAAUUGUACCGGAUGCUCUCGAUGGUGUAUUAAAGCUAGAUGAUUUUGUAUGGGACGAACAGAUGAGUGAUGCCAAAUCUAGAGUGUACAGAGAACUUGCGUCAGAAAUAGAAGAGUAUCUUCAAAAUAUGCUUCAAUCUAAUACGAGAGACUCACCGGUAAUUAAAGUUUAUGAUAUUAAUAAGGAUUCUGAAGUAAAAUUCAGAAUAAGUCAUCCUCUAUGGGCUACACCGAAAGAAACUCAGGAAAAUAUCGAAAAAGCUGUUCGAGAAAAUGGAAAUUCGAUUGGAAGAUACCAUCUUGGUAGAUUGCAAGUAGGAGAACUCGUUGAUCAAUGCCAAGAUGGUAGUUUAGGGUGCGCAGAAACAUGCAAAUAUGAUUACUCGCAAGGACUAUUUGUUUGUUCUUGUACAUCUGGAAAAAUGUUAAACACAAAUGGAAAAGAUUGUUUGGAUGAGAACGAUUUAAGUAACAUCGAUAUGGACGAUAUGAUUCUAUCAUCGAGCACAGAAUCGAUAAAAGAUUUUGUGGGUAGAAGUCGAGGUCCAGGAAUGAUGUAUGAACCUGGAAAUCCUAAUAGUUGGGAUCACUCGGAUUUCGUUACGAAUUCUAUGAAUACUCAGUCAUCUUCCAACGCGGACGUUGAACCUACUGUGCAAUCAAUAAAUCAAGAUGAAGAAAUAUUGAAUAAAAAUAUAAAUAAUGCGCCAAAUCCGGUGGCAGAACCAACUGCCGAUCCAGAAAUUUCGAGAGCUCAUAAUUCUGAUAUUUCUAAUUGGAUGCAUGAAUAUUCUAAGCAUCCUAUAGAAGAACAUUCUGUUGAACCAGAGUCGUCUGUUGAAGCAGAACCAUCUGCUGAAUUAGAGCCAUCUAUUGAACCGAAAGCGACUGCUGAACUAGAAACGACGGCAGAACCAGAGCCGGCCUCUACGCCAGAACCAGCGGUAAAACCAGAGCCAGCCUCUACGUCAGAAUCGGCAGCUGAACCAGAACCAUCCUUAGCACCAGAACCGGCCGCUGAACCAGAGCCGUCCUCUGCGCCAGAACCGGCCGCUGAACCAGAGCCGUCCUCUGCGCCAGAACCGGCCGCUGAACCAGAACCAUCCUCAACAUCAGAACCGGCCGCUGAACCAGAACCAUCCUCGGCACCAGAACCGGCCGCUGAACCAGAGCCGUCCUCUGCGCCAGAACCGGCCGUUGAACCAGAACCAUCCUCUGCGCCAGAACCGACCGCUGAACCAGAGCCGUCCUCUGCACCAGAACCGACCGCUGAACCAGAGCCGUCCUCUGCACCAGAACCGGCCACUGAACCAGAACCAUCCUCUGCGCCAGAACCGGCCGCUGAACCAGAACCGUCCUUUGCGCCAGAACCGGCCGCUGAACCAGAGCCGUCCUUUGCGCCAGAACCGACCGCUAAACCAGAGCCGUCCUCUGCACCAGAACCAGUCACUGAACCAGAACCAACUGCUAAACCAGAGCCAGCUGCCGAACCAGAAUCUCCUAUCGAAGAAGAAUCUUCUAUCAAAGCUGAGUCAACAUCUACUACAGAACCUGAACUUCUUACAGAACUCCCACCACAACUUGAACCCUCUACAGAAUUAUCAUCACAAGCUGAACUUUCAACAGAACCAUCAUUACUAUCUGAACCUUCUACAAAACCAAUACAUGAACUUCCUGUGAUACCUGAACAUUCUUCAGAAGAAAAUACUUCAACAAAAUUCGAACCUUCUUCAGAAUUUUCUUUAGAAGAAAGACCAAUAGAAAUGACAACGCAAGAAAAUGUAAAUUUACCUUCUGAAGAAUCAAAACUUUCCAUGGAAGUAGACACAUCCACCGAAAUUCCAUUACAUUCAGUUAAUGAUGUAGAAUCUACAACAUUAAUAAUGGAACCAUCAUCAUCUAUAACACUUAUCGAAUCGAAGGAUGUAACACAACCUCCCAUAGAAACUGAUGUUGCAAUGACAACAGGAGUUGCACAAGAAUAUCCACAAUCGUCGGCUGAAGUGGAACAUUCAACGAUGCCAGAAAUCCUUGUCAAAACAAACUCGGAAAGUGAAACAACGCCAAAAACUCCUAUUGAGUUCACUGCUAAAUCAGAAUUUUCAUACGAUUCAGAAUUAAGAAAUUUCAAUACUAAUAUAAAUGCAAAUGCUGAUGAAAUAGAUAAUGACGAAUCAUUAGCCGUAAUACCUUUGCAAACGAAUAACGAAGAAUCUACAACAGAAACUUAUAGUGAACAGGCAACCAUGAUGUUGCAAGAACAUAAUUUAGAAGAAAAGGAACCACCUGUGGUAACUGAAAGUAUCACUACAUUACCGGUAACGAUGACCACCAUAAAUAAUAAAAAAGGAAUUGAAGAAACUACAUUUCCGAUUAAACAAUUCGAAGAAAAUGAAAUAACCGAAUUACCAAUAAACAGUGAUGUAGACAUUUCUGAUACCACAGUUCCAACUGUUCAAUUUGAAGAAACUACCUUAAAUAUUGAAGUAGAUCCAACGAGAACAUUAAAAUCUGACAGUGAGACUAUCAUACCUGAAAUGAUCACCAACUCUGAAACGUCUUCGGAAACACCAAAAUCUAUGUUAGAAACGAACACAGAAUCAAAUCAAGUUUUAAUGAAGAGUAUCGACUCUGCAGGAAUCGAAGUUGUAUCUAAUUUAACCGAUAAAUCAGAAGAGUCAUAUUCGAGUAAAAAUCAUUCUAUUAAAUCAUUGGAUAUACCAGAAACAAACGAGCAAGAUAUAAACGAGCCUAACGUUAUAGAGCAUGCGCCAAAAUCAAUAUUUUCAAGUUUACCUAAAGAAUUCAGUCAAAACGUAGAACCUUUGUUGGAAUCAGUGAAUAAUCAAACUGACGAGGAACACGUUAUGUUAUUGCCAAAGGAGGAAGAUAAGAAAGAUGAACAAGAUACACAUGCCAUUAUUCCUCAACUGAUUCCUGAACAGAUAACACAUUUUACAACGAAACCAGAGGAAUCAACGAUGCAUCAAGAAAAUGUCUUAAAAGUUAACGAUCAGGCUGUUGAGAAAAAGAACUUAACGAUUAACACGAUCUUAGAUCGAUCUACCGAACAUCCCGAAGAGAAUGUAGUUUCUAUCGGCGAAACGAUCGAUCAUUCUACUAAUCAUCCUUUACAUCCUGCGAUAUUCCCUGAAAGCAUCGCGAAUCAUGUCGAGAAGAUGGAUCCUAACGAGGAAAGACAUUUCGAAGAUAUGUCACCUUUCUUACCAGACGUUCAAAAGGAAAAGGAAACGUCGAAGAAAGCACCAAGAUUGGACAAGGAUGAGCAAGAUGUUCCUAAUCCUUUCGAAACUCAUGUCGAAGAUGUUAUUAUAAAUAAACCUGAAAGAAAGGAUAGCAGACAUGAACUGAUGUAUCAUGCAAAUAAAAACGAUAGUGAAAAAAAUUUGUCCGAUCUUGAUAAUUAUAAUAUCAACGUCAAAGCAGAUGACAAUGAUGUUUCGAUAAUACCUCAAGUAAUUAACGAAACUGAAAUUGAAAUGGUGAAUCCAUUACAACAAAAUGAACUUUUGAGAGAAUCCGAAGAUGAGAUAUUGAAAGAGACUUUGAACAAUACUCGGACGCUCGUGACUAAUGAUUUAUCCGAUGAUACGACGAAUAAUACUUUCGGUAUUAAAAAUGAAAAGGAUGAACAAGAUGAUGAAAUACUUAGGGUAGUACCAUUGGAUGAGCAUAAGGAAACGAAAAAUAUGGAAUACGAAUUGGAUAAAGUAGAGAGUACCACAGAAGUUGCUCAAAUUACUACCAUGAUGUUCACUAAAGAAAAUGAAAAAUCUAUAGAUGAAUUAACUGUUAAUAAUAAUAUUAUAAGUAGCUCAGAAAAACCGGAAGAGAAUGUCGUAGAAGAUCAAUACAAUGAUAUCAACGAUGAAACGUUAUCAAAGACUUUUGAUCGUAACAAUAAUGUUAAGAUUGGUUCGGCUGAAGUUACUGAUGAUAAAUCUAAAAAAUUAAUUAUAAAUAAUAUCGAUGAACAACAAGACAAUAUUAAAUCAAUAUCAGACUCUGAAGAAUCUCAAAGUACAACGGAAAAGAUAUUAUCGACGGAAACUGAAAUGCCAUCGAGCAUGUCCUCUCCUUCUUUGGAUAAACACGCUGAGGAUGCUAAAAUUACAACGCAGGUACCUGUUUUACCAAUGGAGAUACAACAGGACCUUUCUACGACCGAAUUAAUAGACAAAAUUGAAGCAACAACAAUUGCAGAUGAUAAUUCGUUGUCAGAUAAUCAUACUGAAAGUUCAAAUAUUGUUCAUGAUGAUAAAGAGAAAGAAUCUGUCACUAUGAUUCCAUCUACUAUAGCUCCAAUGUAUUCAUUGGAGACUAAAACCACUGCGCAAGUGCCAAUUUUGCCAGACGAAUUGCAAACAACUGAACAUGAAUUCUUAGUAACUACUUCUUCUGUGAGGCCAGACUUCAUCAAGGAGAUCGAUGAUACGAAACAUAAUCAUAAUAGGUCAGCAACAACUAUGAUUUCCAUAGAAUAUAUUAAUAAUAUUUCGGUAACUACAGUUAGUUCUACGAUGGCUGCAGAAGUUGAUAAUUCAACGAACGUUGUAAUAGAAACAGAUAACACAAAUUUGACUGAAACGAUACCCACUGAACAUGAUAAUAUUCAACAUACUGUUCUAAAUGAGGAACCAAAUAAAUUGAUGAACUUGAUGACUACUCUUGAAAAUACAACGAACUAUCCGAAGCAAGAAACAGCUUUCUCCAACGAAGAUUAUGUUGCAAUAGCAACGGAAAUCAGUAGUACUAAAGUAUCAGAUCCAAUUACUACCAGCGAGGACAUAAGACCAGUUACUGAAGAGAUUCUAGAUGAUACCAGACCGUACAAUUUUGAUUUUAGAUCAUUAUUCUCAACAACGACUAUGAGAGAUGUCAUUCUCAAUGAAGAUUCGAAAGAAUUGUCUGAAGAAGAACUGAAAGUAAUACCGUUAGAAAAAAGUCAAGAGAUCAAGAAAAAAUCUACUGAGAAAAAGAAUCCAGAUAAAUACAAAUACAAAAAAGAGAAGGAGCUCAAUCUAGAGAAUCAAAGAAUAGAAAAUGUUACAACCGAGAUCAACGAUCCAACAAUUUUGAUAUCUACUGAGAUUCCAAAGAUUCUCGUCGAAUCAAAUGAAAAUAUUACCACAGAAAACAUACCUAAUAGUAGUACAGAUUCAAUUAUAUCAAAAUUCAUUUUAGCUGAUACAGAAGGUAACAUUGUGCCUAUACCGAAAUUGAAUAUCGUUGAGAUCACAUCUAGAUCAAAUCAAUCUGAAUUGGAAGACGACAAACAAGCUCAUGAAAAAAAUACAACUAUAGUUAGUCUAAUAAAAAAUAACACAGAAGUGGAAGCAAAUAAUAAAUAUCCUAACUAUAUACCCGUAUCUGAAGAGAUUAUAGAAUCUAAUCCAGUUACAGAGCCUUUCAUACUCAUUCGAAAUUAUACUUUGCAUCAAACAACUCCAUUGAUCCCAAUCUUUGAAGUUGAACAAGCAACGAUUCAAAGUAAUAUUCCAAUCGAGCAUGACGAUGUUUUGAACAAUUCAAACGAAACUCUACAGAGUAACGUCCAAAAAGUUGAUAAUUUAACAGCCAGCACGCUGAACCUUUUGUCAUUGAAUACCAUGAGCUAUUCGAAAUGUAGUACAGGCCAGUUUCAAUGUACCAAUGGCACAUCUAGAUCUGGUGCUUAUUGCGUCAGUUUAUCCGCAAAAUGUGACUCAGAAAAGGAUUGUUCUGAUGGUUCUGAUGAACUCAAUUGUCAGGAAGAGGGAUGUCCUGGAAACUUUCAAUGUGCCAAUCGUCAAUGUCUUAAGAGGCAUCUUGUGUGUAAUGGAAUUGUAGAUUGCGAUGAUGGUAGCGACGAACAGAAUUGUCAAGAUUGGAAGUGUAUCUUUGAUGAACACCGUUGUACCAAUGGACGAUGUAUACCACUGUUAUGGCUAUGCGAUGGAAGACCGGAUUGCGAAAAUCAUCAGGACGAGUUUAACUGUGCUGAAAGUUGCGGCAACGACGAAUACUUAUGUCCUAUGGAUAAACGAUGUAUUCCACAAACUUGGCGUUGCAAUGGAUCACCCGAUUGCGCUAAUGGAGAAGACGAAAAACUUUGCGAUUGCUCAUUAAAUCAAUUCAAAUGCCAUACCGGUGGAUGUGUAUCGAAGGAAGAAAUUUGCGAUGGUAUCGAACAUUGUCCUGAUCGUUCCGACGAGUGGGAUUGCUUUUCUAACUACUCGUUCGAUCAAAAAAAUCACACUGAAAUUAAUCAGGAAGAAAACCAAGAGGAUAAAUCGACGAAUCAGCUGAACCAUCGAGAUUCUCUCUUAAAAAUAAGGCAUUCCGAUGAAGAAUAUCGACUGGUAUGUUCGGAUGGUUGGAGCAAAGAAUUCAGCGAUUCAUACUGUCGUUCUCUUGGUUAUGCUUCAUCCCAGACAACCGAUUUUAAAGCAUGGGAUAGAAAUCAUCAAAUAGUAAGACUGAAAACUAAUCCAAAUCAUCGCACCUCACUAGUCAGUAAUCUUCAACGCGUGGAGUUUUGUGUCUCAGAAAAAAUCGUUGAAGUUACGUGCGAAGAAUUUUCUUGCGAUACGCAUCAUGUUGAUAGAACUAUUGCAAGAUCAGAAGGUGAAACUACAGAUAGUCUUAUACAAUGGCCAUCCGUAGUGAUUUUGAAAGAAGAGGAACAUGGUAUAACUUGCACAGCUAGCAUAUUAGGACCUAUGCAUGCCUUGACCAGUUACUCUUGCGUUUACAAAUACAGACAAAGCGACGGAUGGAAAUUGUUCACGGAUGAAAGUUUGUUUAGAAGUAAUCCUGUCAAGACUAUCAUUCCAUACACACAAGUGAAAUAUAAUCAAUUCUUCUACGACAACGAUAUCGCUUUGAUCGAACUCAAAGAACCUUUGAUUUUCUCGAAAAAUGUUUCUGCCGUUUGCUUACCGACUUAUCCUAUCCAACCAAACGAUGUCUGUGUUAGUGUAGGAUGGAGAUUCCCAGUUAAUGGAGAACUGGAUUUACAACAAUAUAAUGAAUUCUUGCCAAUGCCAAUGUAUGAUUCCAAUGAAUGCAAUACUACUAGCCAUUAUGCAGGAUUUAUAACAAAAUAUAACAUAUGUGUUGGCUUGUCCAAUAUAGACAAAGAACUUUGUUAUAAUGAUGAAGGAGCACCUCUAAUGUGUGAGAGCGAAUCAGGAAGUUGGAAAAUUCAAGGUUUACUCAGUCACCAUAAUAAAUGUUCAAGAGGACAUCCUGCAAUUUACUCUAGUUUGGAGCCUGCUUUAGAUUGGUUACGACAUUUGGUUCCUGCUUUACAAACAUAAAUUUAAACAACUUGUAAGAUACGGAUACUUUGGAAGUAUACAAGUAAUUCGAAGUUAAAAUGACGAUCGUAUACUGAUCAAUAUUGAAAAAGAAAAAAAAAAACAAUUGCUCUGAUUUCUUCGAGUAUUUGCAUACAAAACGCUUACACAAAAGUACUUACUCUUCAAAAAUUCUCAGCAUACGAAUAUUUUUUUUUUUUCUUUAUUGGAACUUUUUUGUUGUUCUUUUAUGAAUCAUGUUCCUAUUUAUACUACAAAGUAUGCUCUUAGUAUCAGAUGGCCAUGAAAUAAUUUCUUUUACAAUCGAAAGCACAAACAUGCAACAUCUACACUAAAAAUUAACAUCAGUGAUUAUAUAAAUUCAUACAUACAUACAUUAUAUAUAUAUAUAUAUAUAUAUAUAUA